CCGACGACAAGAGAGAAAAUGUCGGAAAGAGACGGCUCCUCCUCCCAUCACCACCACCACGAUCCUCCGAAGUCGACUCUUGUUCUUCUCAAGCAAGUCCUCCUCGAUUCCCUCAAGAUCAUCCUCAGAAACCCACAAACAUUCCUUUCCAUUUUUGCCCUCACCACCCUCCCCCUCUCCCUCCUCCUCUUCUCCCUCUCCCUCUCCUCCCACCCCAUCAAAUCCCACGUCUACCACCUCGAGUCCCUCGCCUCCCAAGCCCCCACGCGCUUCGAGGCGCGUCAGGUCUGGAAGGAGUCCCGCGACGACGCCGUUUCGCUCCUCCUCCGCAUCAAGCUCCUCUACUUCCUCCCCUCCUACCUCCUCUCCCUCCUCGCCUCCCUCGCCGCCGUCACCGCCGCCUCCUCAGCAUUUCACGGCAAAGCCCCUACUCUCCGCUCCUCGCUCGCCGCCGUCAAGUCCACCUGGCACAGACCCUUCGCCACCAGCAUCUGCGUCUACGCGCUCCUGAUCGCGUACGCUCUCGUCCCACGCACUUUGGCUUUGGCUUUCGCCUCGCCAGGGUCGAGAUUGCUCGUGCGGCUUCUCGGGUCGGGUCUGGAGAUUUAUUUGAUGGCGGUUACGGGGCUUGCUUUGGUUGUGUCGAUCCUGGAGGAGAGGUUUGGCUGGGACGCGAUCCGAGUAGGGUCGGGUUUGAUGGUGGGUAAGAGGAUGUGCGGGUGGGUGUUGUCGGGUUUGUUGGUGAUGAUUACGGCGGUGAUUGCGAGGAAGCUUGAGGAAGUGAUGGACGGUCAGGAUUUGAUGGAGAGGUCGUCGACGGGAACAAUGACGAGAGUCGUCGUGGGCAUUGGAGACAAAUUUGGUUUUGUUCGAUUUUCAGAGAAGAAAUUCAUUGGUGACCGAUUAUGA